UGAAAAACAAAGUGUGUAACAAUUGAUCUUAGGAGGUGUGGCUUACUUAUACUCACUUAUACUGACAAGAAAUAAUUAAAACUACUUAUAAUUAUCAUUAUUAUUAUCAUAAUUAUUAUUCAACUGAAUUCAACAUUGUGUCAACAGUGCAGAGGAGAUGGGAAAAUCAACUAAGACUAAAAAUUUCACGAAAUCAUUGGCACUGUCGGUGUUUAUGACAUGUUUCGGAUCAUCGUUCGUUAUUGGAUAUAAUCUGGGUGUUUUGAAUUUGCCAGCAGAACAUGUUAAAGAUUUCCUAUCACGUACUAUUCUGGGUAAAAAUGUUACUGAAGCUGAGAAAACAAGUGCUCUGGUAACUCCAAGCUUUUUAUACGCUCAAGUUAGCACAGCAUUUGUCGUAGCUGGUGCAAUUGGAGCAUUCUGUUGUGGUAUUAUAGCUGAUUCACUUGGCAGGAGAAAUGGUCUACUGUUAAAUCAUGCGUUUGCAAUACUUGGUGGAGUAUUAUGCGGUCCAUGUGUAAGAUUAGGACAACCUGCCCUACUGUUUGUUGGACGCUUUUUAAACGGUUUCAAUUGUGGUGUAUCGAUUGGUAUUGCAUCAAUGCAUCUAACAGAAAUAGCACCAAUUUCCCUUCGUGGUGGUAUUGGUUCAUUGCACCAACUGGCUGUAACUAUCGGGAUUUGUGUUGCUUAUCUGGCUACCCUGACAUUUACUUUUAAUACUGCACAAUUAUGGCCACUUGCAAUAGCUGUUGGAUCUAUUCCAGCCUUGAUAUCACUUAUUGUUCUACCAUUUUGUCCUGAGAGUCCACGAUUUCUAUAUAUCAAAAAAGGCAAGGUAGCUGAAGCACGUAAAGCUUUUACACGAUUGAAUUGUAAAGAUGAUAUUGAUGCUAUUUUUGAUGAAAUGACUGAAGAAAUGAAAGUGGCUAAAAGUCUACCGCCGUUUAAAUUUACCAAGUUAUUCACACAAAAAGAUUUACGAAUGCCUGUUCUAAUUGCUUGCCUUAUACAAGUAUUUCAACAACUCUCUGGAAUCAAUGCGGUGAUUUCAUAUUCAUCCACAAUGCUAAAAACCGCUGGAAUUCCAGAUCAGUAUAUUCAAUUCUGUGUCGUAGCAGUUGGAGCAAUCAAUGUAUUAAUGACUAUUAUUUCUGUCUUUCUCAUUGAACGUGCUGGACGUAGAACUCUACUUUUAUGGCCAAGUGUAUUACUCGCCUUUUCAUUACUAUGUUUAACAAUCACAGUGAAUUUAGCCAAUACACUGAAGGAUCCUGCAGCAGCUCGAGCUGCUGGCAUAGUUUCAGCUAUCUUUAUUAUUCUUUAUAUAUGUGGAUUUGCAUUAGGUCUUGGUCCAGUACCUGGUUUAUUUGUAUCUGAAAUAUUUCGACAAGAACCAAGAGCUGCAGCUUAUUCAUUGAGUCAGGGAAUCAAUUGGCUGUGUAACUUGUUGGUGUUAUUCAGUUAUCCAAGCAUCAAUGAUGCAAUCGGUGGUUAUUCAUUUAUACCAUUUCUAAUCAUCGUUGUAGCCUGUUGGAUAUUCUUCUUCCUAUUUAUGCCUGAAACUAAAAAUCGUACAUGUGAUAGUAUUGCAAGAGAUUUAGCUAGACCAAAAGUAGUCGCCUGUCAACGUCCAUCAAGACUACAGCAUAAAAAUGAAGAACCAUUCGAGUCAAGUGAAUGAAAUUGAAGAGUAAUCACAGGAACAAUGAAUUCAAUUUUCCGCUAACUAACUAACUAACAAACCAACUAACUAGCUAACUUUUAAAUGAGAUGUAUUCAGUCACUCGAUUAUUUUUUUUAUUGUGCAUGUUUGUGUGUGUGUCUUAUCAUCAUCCGUUUUUUCAUGAAAUAUCAAUUGCAUUUCUACAUUUUCUUAUGAUGAAUACUUUUCGUUGUAUUCAAUAUGAUGAUGUCAUAACAUUUUUUAACGAGUACUUUUUGUAGAUAAGAAGUUCACUGUUUUGUAGUGACGACAAGUCAUCUCUAUGAUCAUAUCACUGAACUCUAAUAUUCAUCUGUGUGGUUUUUUUUUAAAAAAAACGUGAGUCUCAUAUCAACUUGUAAUGAAUAUUCAUUUUCAACGAGAACUGGAAGUUCUUCUGUUCAUCUAUAAUUUGAUUUUUAUUCAAAAUAUGUAAUGAGAAGAAUAAUGAACAUAUUUGUUCUGAUCGCGUUGGCGUUUUAUUUCUUUAUUUAUAUUUUAUAUGUUUUGUUUUUACGUAUUUUAUAUGUGUACAAUAAUUAUUUUUCCCAUUAUUUUUGCCUCAUCGUAAACAUGUUUUGUGAAAAAAAAUACAUGAU